ACGAAGAGGAAUUUUUUUAACGCACGUUAACGAGAAAAACUAGUCUAGCAAAGAAAACCUUCCUUGUACUAUAAUUUGAUAAUAAUUCGAUAAACUAAUGUCGGUCAGUAAAGUAGAUGAAAAUCUUCCAAAACAUUGCAGCUUUUACGUUGCUAGAAAAAAAAGGAAAUGUAGGAUGCUGGUGAAAGAAACUGAAAUGUACUGUUGUGAACAUCAACCUACAAGAGAAUUGGAUGCCACAAAUGAUACAGAGCGUGGAAUUAGGAUUCCAUGUCCCUACGACAGAAAACACACAUGUUUUGCCCAUAAGCUGGAAAAACAUCUGAAAAUUUGCAAUUCGAGGCCAAAGGAAAAUGAACCAUUCAUUGUAAAAGGAAUAAACUCUGGUUCUCCCAACAUACAUGAUGAAAUUGAUGAAUCAGUCACCUUAUCCACUAAGCCUGCUGAUGAAAUCAAACGAGUAAUUGAUCUAAUAAACAAAAUAUACAAUGAAAACCCACUAGUAAUUAAGGAAAAAAUAUGCGAGCACCAAGUAGUUGAGAAUGAAAUGAUGGAUCCUAUCUAUGGGGAAAAAACAAAGAAACAUUUAAGGCAGGUUUCUUCAGUAUUAGGUUUACUCUUGGAAAACAAACUGCUAAAUUCUAAUACAUGCUUCAUUGAAUUUGGUGCAGGUAGAGGUGCUUUGAGUUAUUGGAUAUCGAAAGCAACCUCUGAUGAAACCAAUAUUUUGCUUAUUGAAAAAGCAUCACCAAAACACAAGAAGGAUAAUAAACUGGAUAAAACUUCAGACAAAGUACAGAGAGUUAGAGCAGACAUAAUCGACCUAGUACUAGAUGAGAUAGAACUUGUCAACAAAUCCGAACAAAUCAUAGGAGUAACGAAACAUUUGUGUGGGGCAGCAACUGAUUUCACAAUAAGAUGUCUGGCAAAUCUUUCCAAAAAUAAACAAAAGUUGCUUGGUUUUUUGAUGACAUUUUGUUGUCACCACCGAUGCUCUUGGUCAUCCUUUACAGGGAGAGAAUAUUUUGAAAAGCUGGGUAUUACUAAGAGUGAUUUCCAAAUCAUGUGUGGUUUAGUUAGUUGGGCCACUUGCGGUACAGGUCUCAGCAGACAGAGGAGAGAAGAAAUCGCCAAAGAGACUCAAGAAUCAGUAGUUAAAGAAAAGAAUGUUCUAGGAUUAACUGCAGAAGAAAAAGAACAAAUAGGACUAAAGUGUAAAAAUCUUAUGAAUUGGGGGUGUCUCCUAUUCAUUCAGGAUAUGGGAUUUGACUGUGACUUGCACUAUUAUGUAAAACGUGAAAUAACACCUGAGAAUGUAUGUAUUGUCGCAAAAAAUAAAGCUGCUCAAAGUUGAGUCAACAAU